AUGGCAGACCCCAAAUACACUGACCUUCCCGGCAUUGCCAGGAACGAGCCAGAUGUUUAUGGAACCAGCGACCUACCUGAGGAUGAUCAAGCAGAGUUUGAUGCAGAGGAGCUGACGAGCACAAGUGUGGAGCACAUCAUUGUCAAUUCCAAUGCUGCCUAUGACAAGUUCAAAGACAAGAGAGUGGGGACAAAGGGGCUUGAUUUCUCAGAUCGUAUUGGAAAAAACAAGAGAACAGGAUAUGAAUCUGGAGAAUAUGAGAUGCUUGGAGAGGGUCUAGGAGUGAAGGAGACACCCCAGCAAAAAUACCAGCGACUACUGCAUGAGGUCCAAGAGCUGACAACUGAAGUUGAGAAAAUCAAGACAAUGGUGAAGGAGUCAGCCACUGAAGAGAAGCUGACCCCGGUGGUUUUGGCUAAGCAGCUGGCAGCCCUGAAGCAGCAGCUGGUUGCUUCCCACCUGGAGAAGCUGCUGGGACCAGAUGCAGCUAUCGACCUUACUGACCCUGAUGGAGCUCUGGCUAAGUGCCUACUGCUGCAGCUGGAAGCAACAAAAAACAGCAAAGGAACUGGUUCAGGGGGAAAGACCACCAGUGGGACUCCCGUAGAUAGUAACCUUGUCACUUAUGAACUACAUUCUCGACUUGAACAGGACAAGUUCUCUCAAGCUGCCAAAGUUGCAGAACUUGAGAAGCUCCUGAUAGAGCUGGAAGCCACUGUACGCUGUGAUCAGGACGCUCAGAAUCCUCUUUCAGCAGGUCUACAGGGAGCCUGUCUUAUGGAGACCAUAGAACUGUUGCAAGCAAAGGUGAAUGCUGACCUUGCAGUUCUGGACCAAGUGGAGGCUCGGCUGCAGAGUGUCCUGGGCAAGGUGAAUGAGAUUGCCAAGCAUAAAGCUUCUGUAGAGGAUGCAGAUACACAAAGCAAGGUGCACCAGCUCUAUGAAACCAUACAGCGCUGGAGUCCCAUCGCCUUCACCCUUCCUGAGCUGGUGCAGAGACUUGUCACCAUCAAGCAGCUGCAUGAGCAAGCCUUGCAGUUCAGUCAGCUCCUGACACACUUUGAUACCACACAGCAGAUGAUCCCUAGCUCCCUCAAGGACAACACCGCCCUCCUGACCCAGGUGCAGACAACCAUGCAUGAGAACCUGUCCACAACUGAGGGGAAUUUUGCCAACAUCCAUGAGUGGAUGAAGCAGCUGGGAAAGUGA